CGGCGUGGGCCCGGGGGGCGGUGGCGGCGGCCCUGCGGCUGCGGCUCUGCUGCCGCGGCCGCCCCCCGCCCGCCGGGGCCGCUCCGCUCCCAGCGCCGUCUCGCAGAAACUGCCGUCGCGUAACCUGAGUCCGCGUCCCUGGUGCGGUUUUGGCUCGCUGGCGGGGGGGCGGGCGCGGCGUGUCCCGGUCCGCUCUCAGCCCCAGCGGGGCGUGAAAUAGCUGGCACAGCGGGCUGGGCUGGCUGAAAGGGCUUGGGACCGGCGCCGUUCGUAGUGUCGCCGCCAGAAGUUGGCGGAGCCUUCAGCUGCUGCUGCUCCGUUAGAGGAGUUGGAAGUUGCAGCGGAGCCCCGCUCUCCGUAAUUGCAGAGGCCUUUCAGAAUCCCCGCAGGUGCGCAUGAUAUACGGAUGGGGUUUGUUUUAGAAUAAGCCGAAGUUGAGAGUGAAUUUGCAACGAGCCUGAACAGCCUCAGAAAUGCCGAUAUGGGAGAGCCUGGUUGCUAGGGGAAAAGAAAGGUGGCAUCGGAUUAGCUGCGCUACAGUUGUGACAUGUUACAGAGGUCUGAACCUGUGCAGUCAGGAUGCGCCUGUGCUUCAUCGCCCGCUCCAUGAGAGCUACAGAGCGUUCCGUCUGUCAGAAGUAGCGGACUGGGAAAAUACUAUGAAAAUGGGUUCUGCAGAGCUGCUUUAAAUCUACCACAAAAAAUGUUGCUGAUAUCUAGAGAAUAUAGGCACUUCAUUGCUUAAAAGAAACAUUGCAGCCAAAAAAGUUGUAAUUUGACGAAAAGUGACUGAGGUUUAAAAAAAAGAGGUAGAUGGAUUAAAAUGCAUAAUACGGACCCAGUAUUACCAUGGUAGCAAAUAAUUUGUUGUUGUAAUAGCAGAAGGUACAAAAGCCCUCCCUCUCCAUUUGUUAAAGUUCUGGGAGUAUAUACACAGUGCUGGCCUCAUGCUGUCAGGUGGGGAUUUUUAUACUGAUAGCGGCUUCUCAAAGCAUACAUCUCAAAGUUGUCAGAUACUCAGAAAAUAUGGAAAAUAACUAUUUAGGAUUACAUAAUGGGCAUAUUAUGAAAUUGGUGAGCAAAAUAACAGUUUGUGAUCAUUGCUUGUAAGGUCUUGCUGAUUUAAAGUAUGUAUCAUAAAUAUGCCCCUUUGUUUUAUCUGUCACGAUGCUUUUGCUGAUCUUGGCUAUCUCCAGUUUGCCUUUGAGUAGUUUUUUUUUUUUCUUCUGAGUUCAGUAAUAGAUACGUACCUAUAACUUCUUCUGUAGUAACUUGACUUCUAGAGCCAAAAUCUAGAGGUUAUUUAUAUUGAGGUUUCUAAUUGUUGCGUGAAACCUUGUUUAUGCAUCAAUAGUUGUUUUAUUUUUACUUAUAAUACAGGCAAGCAAUUGUGGGGAAGACAAUCUGAGAAUAAGGGACCAAGGUGGCCCUUGGACUUCAGUUUCACAACUGCUUUCUUUGGGUAUUUGCUCAAAUAAGAGGCUCCUGGUUUUUUUUUCUAUGAAAUGCUAAAUAUGCAGUUCCAGUAGUUUCCCUGCUGCACCAUACUAAGCAUUGAGAAUAGGCUGGUAGCGUUAUUGGUAUUAGCGCACGCGCGCGUGUGUGUAUAUAUACACAUACAUAUAAAUGAACUGGUUUUAAUUUUGAUGUUGAUAUCAUCCACUCCUUCAAGUGGUUUUGUAUUCAUCAUGUGUGAAUGUUGGUGAAGUAAAAAUAAAUCUUUUUCCAUUUUUGUUACACAAAAGUCUGAAUUAGUAAAAAAUUUUCUGCAAAAAGCGCGGGGGUUUAAUGUAUUGCUCACCCAUGCAAACGAUGGGAUUGUGUUCUGUGAUGCUUGAGGAGUGCUUGCCUGACAGACAUGAGUUACACUCUUGAUUUCACUGUGGCAGUUUAGUACUUUGAGUAAACUGUUGCCUCUCUGUCUGCAGAGAGAGAAUAACGGCAUUGACUUCCCCUGCAGUGUUCCACUAUCUACUGAUGGAAGUGUGCAAGAACUAAGUUUUUUAAUAACUGCAUUACAGCCUGUACUAACUGGCUUCAGCUUCUGAGGAAACUGGGGCUUUUCUGCAUUUUUACCAGGUUACUUCAAUGAACGCUUUUGUUUGAAGACACAGGGUAGCGAUCCACUACUAGUGAAUUCAUACUGUGGUCUGUCGGGUGUACAAGACCCUUACAUGAAUAUUAUUACAUGAAUAAAUGUAAUGCAGACGCAAAGAGAAUUGGUAUGAUUCUUUUGCAGGAGAUGAUCCACUCACACGCAGAAGUAGACAGGAGGCUCAAGACAGAGCACUGCUAAGACGUAAUGAACUUAGUGGCCAGCUCUGGCCUGUGCUUUACAACGAGAAAUCCUUCAGCUAAUUUCUUGGAGAUAUAACACCUAUGAAAACCUUAAACACUUUGAUCUACUUAUGCAGGAAGGUUAGGAGAGGACCUGUUGAUAGACAGGUGCCCAGAGGUGGACAUAAAUUUUACAGGGACUUUUAACCUAACAUUACGCUAUCCCACAGUCAGGGCUGGAAGCUAAAGGAAGACAAAAUUAAUUAUGUUUUAACAAUGAGAGUACCUAACAUUGCCGUGAGUUGUCGUAGCUCUUACUACACCCACAAAUGCAUAAUACAAAUAAAAUUGUCUUCAUUCUGAACUACUCUACUGUGGUCUUGGACCUAAAGAACACAGGUUACCCCCAUAUGUGCUGAAAUAUCGGGGAAGGCACUGGGUAUGACUUCUGACUACACAUUAAUUUUUUUUUUUAUUUGCUUCUGCUAAUUCUGUAAAGACUUGUUAUAUGAAUUGGAGUUGUUAUGUUGUCAUUGCUUUGGGGACCAAAGCUUCCUUUUUACUGUCUGGUUAACUAUAGUGAUAAUUUUUUUUCUUCAGAGCAUAGAGUGGAUGUGUCCAAAGGUAAUCUGUCUCCUAGAGUAUCGUUUUGCUUCAGUUUAAUGCUACUUGCCACCCCAAAAGAGAAGGGGUUAGGGAAACAUUUUAGCUUGGAGGAAGCUGUUUAAAAACUGGGUGUUUCUUAUUAGGCUUUUCAAACUGUAGUGAUCUUCCAGGACUGUUUCAGAAAUACUUCAGCCAUAAAUCAUAUUGUCUUGAAAGAGCUACUGGCCUGCUCGCCUUGAUGAAUAAUUGAGUAGUAUUAUGGUACAGUACCCUGCUGAACAAUGUUUUGGUUAAUCCGACUGGAAUUUGAUUAUGGAACUGCUAACUUCAUUCUGCAUACAAAUAACAUAAAACCUUCUUGUAUAUGGGAAUAUAAUCUGAAGACUUCUUUUAUUUUCUAGAUAGUGACAUCAGGGAUUUAUGUGAAUAAAUAAGAUUGUUCUUCUAACCAUUAUUCAUCAGUAAAACAUUGCUAGUGGUGCCUGCUUCUCUGACUUUUGUAAUGCCCAGAUUUUUCCCCGGGUCUUGCCUUCCCAAAUCGAUGCAAGGUUGGGUGUCCUGGUGCUGACCCCAGCAAAAUUACUGCACUCUCAGUGCUGUUCCUGCUACAGUCCUGCCUGCUCCUGAACACGGUGUUCGUUGGCAACCUCGUCACUUCCAGGACCUCUUCAACUAGAGAUCUCAGAGUUUGGCUGAAAGCGAAAGAAGGGUUCCCUUCUGUCAAGUGCUGCUGUUGUUCAAAAUUCUUGUUAUUUAACCCCAACUUUCUACAGACGUUUUCAAGAUCACAGGAAGCAUGCGUCUUCAGAGGAAGAAACUGAGGUGGAAAAGUAGUCACAAGUGCCUGCUGUAGCUUGUUCGCUUUCUUUUUAAAAAGCAGAGGGGUAUACGAACUUGUUGUCCACUGCUUUGGGCUGUGUUUUGUGUACUUGAUCUGUGUGUUUGCUUUCAAAGCAAUACUGUAUGUUCCCUUGGUCCCUAUUUCUGUUUUUUACUGCUCAUCUGCUGCACUGACAGCCACACUUACAGACCUUUAACUCCAUCAUCCUCUCCCCUCACUGCCAGGGUUCGUGCUGUUUACUCCUAACAUUUUAAGGAAAAUAAGCUGCUUUGUUUCCCAAAAGAAAGAUGAAACAACUCUGAGAACAAGGAUGUAGAAUUGCUUGUAGGUAUAUAUGCCUUUGGAGAAAAUUAGAUGUUCUAACAGAGUUGUGAUGUGGAAGGAUCACUGAGGAUCUCAUUCCUCUUGGUGUCCCUCUCUUCCUGGUUCUCAUGAUUUCUCUGGUGUGUGUUCACAGUCCAUUUUCAAUGUGUGGCCAUGUCCUAGGGCGUGUUAAUUAAUCUAGAGAUGCUAAGGUGCUGUGAUCAAAAGAACUUUUUUUUUUUUUUCUCUGUGGCAAAGCAUAAAAUGUCUACCUUCUUUCUGCUCAGGUGCCUAUCCUUAAUUCAUUCCUUCUGUCUGGGCUAAUGCUGGUGGUGACAGUUUGUAUUUUAAUAUUUUGUCUAGGACUAAGUUCUCCGUUUUGCUGAGUACGAGCCCUUAGGGCAAGGAGGAGGGCCACUUUCUAUGUAUGGCAAACUUCCUUUACAUUCUAGAUGCAAAAAAAAAAUUAGUAAUUUCUGAUGGGAUUUGAGGGAGGCUUGACCAAGGUCUGGUUCCCUAGUUUAAGGAUCCGAAAUGAUGCAGGAAUGACAAAUUAUCGCUGCUGGGGACUGGUGUUGUAGUUUGUACACAGUCCUCAACCUAGGUAACUUGUCAACUCAUGACAUUUCAGGGCAACAAAAGGUCUUCCUCCACUUCGCAGAGAGAAGCUUCAUCAGGAAUGCCCUGAUAUUGCAUCUGUGCAUGGCUCAUAAGCCCCACAGAUUAAAGGCAGUGACCUGUGUUGGGUUUGUAGGGAAGCCUGAUGCCCUGUCAAGUGAGAGGGAAGGUGACAAACAUGUAUCCCAACUGCUGAGACUUCUGUCUCUCCCAUGGAGUCAGUGCGUCUGCCAGGGACUUGAACGGUGGUUCUCUGCACAACCUGCUGGGAUGCUCGGAAUAGCAGGGUUAUUCUGCCUGUUUAAGUACUAGUUAGACUAGGCUUUGUUUGUUUGUUGUAAUGUUUGAUUUCUGACCUAUGUGUGACUUGAAUCAGCUCACAAGCUCUGAAUCAUUUUGUAGCGUUGUUCACUGAAUAAAAGAACUGUCCUGCCAAAGCUAUCUUUGUAUAGAUGGCUGCGAGCAUAUCUCUUCAGUUAACCAUCUUUUAGUCUUUAUUUCUCUCAUCAGAUAUAAGAGCAUAUAAAACAUCUUCUCCCCCGCUUUUACAUUACAACUGUAAAAAUGAUGAUGAAGUAUCUAUGACACAUUGGUAACUUAUAGAACAUCUUUAGCAACUCUGAUAACCUGAUUUUUUAAUGCUGUGUGAGAGUUUUUGACAGUUUUCUAAAUCAGACAUAAUGUUAGUUGAGUCAGGAAGCUGGCUGUCUUGUUUCUCUGCUGAAAAGUUCCAUUUGUGAAGAUUAUUAGUUUUAAGUGACAGCUGAUAUAGCUCCAGUUCUUCCUUGUAGGCUUUUUACUGUAUUCCUACCUGUUGCUUUUGUUUUUAGAGUGUCUGAAUUUUCAUAAUUUGAUUCAAAUUGUUCAUAUGUCCCAUUACAGCAUGUAACAUAAGACAUAAAUAGAAAAAAAAAUCCACUAGUAUGUUGUGAUACAUUGGACAUGACUCCUGCAUCAGAAGUCAAUGGAUGAUGUUCAGAUCUGUUUGUUCAAUUGGAAAAGCAGAUUACUCUUUACAUCAGUAGAAAUGGACAGCAGCAGUUUCAUUCAGUUUGAUGUGCCCGAGUACAGCAACACUGUUCUGAGCCAGUUAAACGAACUCCGCUUGCAAGGAAAGCUAUGUGACAUAAUUGUGCAUAUCCAGGGUCAGCCAUUUCGAGCCCAUAAAGCUGUCUUAGCUGCCAGUUCUCCGUAUUUCCGUGACCAUUCAGCACUAAGCACCAUGAGUGGCUUAUCAAUAUCAGUUAUUAAAAAUCCCAAUGUUUUUGAACAGUUGCUUUCUUUUUGUUACACUGGAAGGAUGUCCUUACAGCUGAAGGAUGUUGUUAGUUUUCUAACUGCAGCUAGCUUUCUACAGAUGCAGUGCGUCAUUGAUAAGUGCACACAGAUACUGGAGAGUAUUCAUUCAAAGAUCAGUGUUGGUGACGUUGACUCUGUCACUGUUGGUGCUGAAGAAAACUCAGAAAACCGCAAUGGAGUUAAAGACAGCAGCUACUUUGCCAAUCCUAUUGAGAUAUCUCCUCCGUAUUGCUCUCAGGUGCGACAGUCAACAGCAGGCAGCGAUCUUAGGAUGGAAACUACUCCAGGCAAAACUCUACGUAGUCGUCUGCAAGAAGAAGGGCAUUCAGAUAGAGGAAGCAGUGGGAGUAUCUCUGAAUAUGAGAUUCAGAUUGAAGGCGAUCAUGAGCAAGGAGACCUGAUAGUAAGAGAAAGUCAGAUUGCAGAGGUGAAAGUUAAAAUGGAAAAGUCUGACAGGCCAAGCUGCUCUGAUAGCUCUUCCCUUGGUGAUGACGGCUAUCAUACUGAAAUGGUGGAUGGAGAGCAAGUGGUGGCAGUAAAUGUUGGUUCAUAUGGGUCUGUCUUACAACAUGUUUAUUCGUUUACCCAUGCCUCGUCACAGGCUACAGGUGUUUCCGAAACCUUCGGAAGCCUGAGCAAUACGAGUCCUUCAAGGUCAAUGCUGGGCUGUUUCAGAGGGGGUCGCGCACGCCAAAAACGGGUAUCCUCUGGUCACUUGCAUAGUGAUGUUCAGGGCUUAGUGCAAGGGGCUGACGGUGAAUCCGUUGUGAGUAACCCAGGAUAUGAAAAUAGUCCUCGGGAAAGAAAUGCAAGAGGUCAUUGGUAUCCGUACAGUGAGAGGCUAAUUUGUAUUUACUGCGGAAAGUCUUUCAACCAGAAAGGGAGCCUUGAUCGACACAUGCGACUGCACAUGGGAAUAACUCCUUUUGUGUGCAAGUUUUGUGGGAAGAAAUACACCCGCAAGGACCAACUUGAGUAUCAUAUUCGUGGUCACACAGAUGACAAGCCCUUUCGCUGUGAGAUCUGUGGAAAAUGUUUUCCUUUCCAGGGUACGCUAAACCAGCACUUGCGAAAAAAUCACCCUGGGGUAACAGAGGUAAGAAACAGGGUGGAGUCUCCAGACAGAACAGAAGCAUUUAUGGAACAGAAAGUAGAUAAUGAUGCUUCAGCUUCUGAAGCUAUGGAUUCUAGUAUGGAAAUUCAUGCAAUGUCUAACACAUCUGAUUAAAAUACUACAUUCUAAGUGCAACACAAACAAGCACAUUACUAAUGUAUUUUUUAAAUCUCUUAUUCUUUUAGUAAUCCUCAGUACAAGUAUAACAGCCUUUUAAUUUUCCUGACCUUCUGGAAAUCAGUUUGAAAUGGUUUCUGGAGAAGACUACGUAAAUAUUCUUUGUUUUUGAAGGAGGCUGGGUUGUUCGCAUUUGUUUUUUUUUACUUUUGAAGAUGCUCAAAAUAUAAAAGACAGUGUGCUGGGGAAAGGACAGGAAGAGUCUGCUAAAGUCUCCCUACUGGUUGAUCUUGGCAAGACACAAAUUCCAGUGGAGAAAGAUAUUAGAAUAAGAUGGGCAGCUCUGCUGGAUACACCAAGAAGCUGUAAUCUCCCUUAUUUUAUUUCCUAAAUCCUGUUGCUGGUAAUGAGUUACACAGCAGUGGGGAGAGAGAAUAUUAUAGCUGUGAUUCCUUCCGUGUGUCAUGAUGAAAUCUGUUUGCUUUUACUGACUGUUUUUGGUAGUUAGUCUGUUUAUAUAUAUAAAUUUGCUUUAUAUAUAUAAAUUUGCUUUCACUUUUCCUAUUCUGGUUGAGGUGAAUGUAAAAAUAUGUCAAGGUUUAUACCAUGUACCGCUUUCAACUGCUAGGUCUCCUCUCUGCUUAGGAUUUAGGACUUCAGACUUUGGGAGGAUGGUUUUGGUUUUAAAAGAAUGUUGUUUGGUUUUCAUUUUAUUAAACUAUUAAUUUGUGUGCAAAAGUGAGCAAAGUGAAUUACCUUGUUUUAAUAGCUUUGCUUUAUAACAUAUGUAAACCAAAUGCCAUAAAUCUAUUAAAUUAUGGUUAAAUUGUUGAGGGGUUUUGUUAGUUGUCUGGAAUGCAAGCUGGACAACCUGUGGUGCUGACCUUUUUAUAUAUAUAGAGAUAGAUAUAUCUAUAUAUAUAUACACAUAUAUAUAUAUAAAAAAGCAAACCUAAAAGUAGCAUUGUGGUUUUAAAUGUGUUUUUACUGGCCUCAGAAUCUACCUUCAUUUCGUACUGUAGAACCAUACCAGGUAAUUAAAUUUAACUUCAUCACUCUUCAUGGUUGGUUAAAACCUGAGAGAGAUGUUGCAGUUUAAACUACAGUAUUUCCAAGCAGUGUUUUAAUAGGGCUCUUCAGAGAGAGCCGUUUUCAGGUGCACAUUGACUUCCUACUUAAACCUCCAAGUGAUAUGUCAGCACUUGGAAUUUGUACUUUUUUUUGUAUAAAAAAACCGAAUACUCUACAGGAAUUUCGAGCAAUAUGUCUGUUAUUUCAUGUGUGAGUAUUACAGAGUUGCUAUGGCUUCCCUACUAUUUUCAGUGGUUGUUUUCUGCAUAAAGGAACUACCAACAACUUUAAAAAUACUCUAAAUCUUUUUGUUUCACCAAUUUUUUUUUAAUAUGGUGCUAACUUCGUUAUUUACGUCAGUAUAAUCUAUAAAAUGUGAAAUCUAAUGGUAACAGUUAAGCAAAAGAAAAAAGAUAAAACCAACACACACACAAAAAAACCCAACCCCAAAACCAACAACAAACAGACAAAAAACCCACCCCAAACAAACCGCAACAAAAAACACAGUAGCUUGAGAGACCACAAAAGCAUGAACUGGCAAACGCUACUGUGUAAAAUUAACCUGAUGAACAGAUUUAAAUUAAUCACUUCCUUCUUUAAAAUACAGGUUUUAUAUAAUUGGGCCUUAUGUUUGUUUAGCAAAUAUGGAAAAUAUAUCUGUGAACGUGCUGUUCAGCUCCUGAAAUUUAGAAAGUAAAUGACGAGAGAGCAAAAAGGUAGGUUUGCUAUCUUGUAAAGCCUUUUUGGCUCCUGUGAAGUUGGGGCAUAUUUGUGCAGUAGCUUUAUUAAAUACACUAGUUCUUAAUAUUGUGACAGUCUGCAAUAAGAAUUAAUUUCACUAAAUACAGAUUUACAGUAUAAACCCCACCUGCUCCGUUGGAGCAGUUUCAGUUAAAUUGAGUACAUGAUUUGCCUCUUUGUCCUAAAAUUGCCUAACUAAAGAGGCGGACGGUGGGGAGAUGUUUCUCUCCUUGAAGCAACAAUAGAACUUUUGUUUCCAGUAAGGGAAAGUAUAUGUCUGUGUCUAGGGAAGGUAGUCUAUAUGUUUACCCACUUAAAAACAUGUUGGUGUUUCUGAUACUGUUUUUUUCCUAAAUGUUUGUUUUAAGUAAUUAAAUGAAAAAAAAAUGUGUUUUGAUAAAUUAAGUUUGAGACAUGCAAAACCCAAGAAAUGUACAGUUAUUUUUAACCCUUUAUCUUGGACCUGUGCUGUGGUGCCUUUGGUGUGACUUUUUCCAUGGAAGUUUGAGUUGAGGAUAGCAGGAUAUGGGUACUAAUUUUAUAUUUCUUGAAUUUCCUUGUGUCACAAUCUUAACAUUAUUUAAAUCUAGUUCUUUGUAUUUGUAAAUGUGUUAAAAUGGUUUGAGUUUACCAAAGAGUGACUUAUCCAAAAUUGUCUCUGACAAAAACAAACAAAAAACCAUCACUUUGAUUGUACAGGUUCAGGUUCAAAACAUUGUGACGGGACUGUUAAGGGGCAGGAAAUGAUCACUUUUUCUACAACAUCAAGAUUCAGCAGUUUGCAAGUUCUGCUUGCUCCUAUUCGUGUUGAUACGCCAUUUACCCUUUCCACUGCUAGCAGUGUUAAUAAUUAUCAAGCCAUAACACAGUACUGUAAAGUUCAGCAGUGCUUCAAAGGAUGCAUACGUAGGGGAGCAUAAACAUCAUCGAGCAUUACACGUACACUUACAAAGUGUGUGACUCUGGUAGAAAACGAACUUCAAACCUGGCAACAGCAAUUAAAUUGUGCCUUGUCACAUAACGGUAUGCCAGGGCUAACAUUGUCAUGGAACAUGAAGCAUUAUCUGACUGAAGUUCAUUUCACAAGUCCACCAGAACAGAGUAUGCUGUGUUAUUUUAAGUAAAUGAUGGAAGUACUGUGCAGGGUCUUGUGCCUGUACAGUUUUAAGUUAGCACAGAGCUGUUACACAUUUCAUUUACAAUAAAUGCAGAAGUCAAUAAAAUAUGUGAAGAAAUAUUUGACAGCAAAAUAAAUCAUGAAAUUAUAUAGGCUGGUUCAUAAUUGAGUCUCUUCUUAAUCUACCUUUUUAAUUAUAGACAAAUGUGAAAACCGUGACAGUGUCCUUUCCUCUAGAUGUUUAACGUAUUAUGACAAACUGUGAAAAUAAAGGAUUUUAUACCUUUGCUAAUGUUUGUGGUUUUAAACAGUUAUUUUAGUUUUUCUUGAUCAGUUAUCUUCCAUAUUAUUUCUUUUAAACUUGUAAAUACGUUUAGAAAACAGCUUUGUAAAUACUUACAGUAUAUUUGAAGUUCCAGUUGGUCGAUAAGGCCUCAAGAUUGGCUCUGCUUUUUUUAGUGUGAAACCUUUCAAUGGCAUAAAGGAUACUGUCAAUUCACUGUUCAGCAGAAUAUACUGUAGGCCUAAACUGAUAGUUCUUAAUGCAGUCUUCCCAAGCAUAAAUUCAUGUUUUAUGCUGCAGCCUUUGGUUUACUUUUAGACAAAACAAUGAGGCCUCUUAAUAUGUUUAGGCUGAAUAAUGGGAAGAACAGCAGGAAUAAAAUCAAGGGCUGGGAAAAGAUUGAAUGAGCUUUACCUUUAAAUAUAUAUAUAUAUAUCUUAUUUGAAUUUUUGUAUUAGUUUACUGUGAUUCUUUUAUCGUCAUUUUUCUAAACAGGUUUCACAUGAAACCAUUGAAAGGGACUCAAAUAUGCAACACCUAAUCUAUUUUCCAAGGGAGUUUUACCCUUGAAUGGUGCUUUUUGACUGGUCAGGGUUAUUUAUUAAAUUUUAUAUUUGAAAGUAUUUGGGGAAUUAUGUAAAUUCUUUAUAUGAAUCUGUUUAUUUCAUGAAUUGUAAAUUUCAUAAUACUCAGUGAUUGAAUUGGAAGUUUAGUAAAGUCAUUCAAAAUGUUCAAAGUUUAUGAUCUGUGUGCAUUUUACAUAUAUUUUAACAAGUGCCAGAAUAGUUGUGUUUAAUAUUGUAGAUUUAAUACUACUUGCACACCCCUGUGACAGCAUUAACUAAGUUACGCAAGUUUACACUUUUAAAAAAAAAAAGCUAAACAAGCAAGUAAUCCUGGGAGGCGCGUUCCUGUGUUUCUUCAGGGGACGCGAAGCCAAGUGUCGGUAACCGAGCAGGUUUCGUUUAGUUUAAGUAACUCCCGCCCGCUAUGGCAGAUGCAAGCGACCGCUGUCUCCCCUCCACCCGUGCUCUGAAUUCAGCCGCGGGACUUGCGUUGCAAGCCCCCGGUGGUCGGUCUGGUUAGAGGUAGAGCUCUUGCACGACUUUAACAGUGUUUAACUGGCUGUUAACAACAGUCAGUUGUUUGACUGAAAAUUGUAUUUUUAAGUAACUUUUAUUUGUAUGGUUGUUUUUCAUGGUAAAUAAUUGAACAGUUUGAAUGACUUGACUUGUGUCAUUAUCUUGCAAUAUAAACCAGUAACCUCACAACUCCACACUUCAUCACCAUAUGAAGUAAAUGAAGCUAGCUAAGCUGAUGCUGUAACAAUUAAUAACUUGCCAUUAAGCUAUUUUAUAGCAUGAAUUUUAAAAUAUUUAUUCAAAUGAUAUUUUACUCUUGUAUUCACUUUGUUUUUAGAUUUGUGACAUGAAUAUUUCAGUGCUGCUUUAUUUUGUUCUGAUGAAUUUGUUUCUUGCUUGUAAAUUGCCUUUUUUAUGGUAUAAAGUCAAUGGGAAUUGCUGUUUGUAAAUUAAAAUGCUUCUAGAGCAAA